ACGUGUCAGAGGCUGGCCCGCUGCCCCUCCGAGGAGCUGCAUGAUAAUAUCUCUGGGCCAAGCGUCUUGCCUGCCACUCUGCCUCCAGCUUCUGAGCAACCAUGGAGAGGAUUUUCUCUGGCUUCUUGCUCUCCGUGCUGCUUCUCUUCCAGAAUCACGGCAUUUAUGGGGCCGCCCCUCAGCCAAGAGGUACCCUGUGCAGGACAAGACCCUUGGACCUGGUGUUCCUCAUAGACAGCUCCCGGAGUGUGCGCCCAAAUGAAUUUGAGCAGGUUAAAGUCUUCAUGUCCCAGGUCAUCGAGUCCCUAGACGUGGGCCUUAACGCCACUCGGGUGGGAGUGAUCAAUUAUGCCAGCACCGUCAAGAACGAGUUCUCCCUCAAGACCCACCGGAGCAAAGCCAGCCUGCUGCAAGCGGUCCGCAAGAUCAAGCCCCUCUCCACAGGCACCAUGACAGGUCUGGCAAUCCAGUUUGCGAUCACCAGGGCAUUCAGCGAGUCAGAAGGGUCCCGUGUGCGGUCUCCAGAGAUUAAGAAGGUGGCAAUCAUUGUAACAGAUGGACGCCCCCAAGAUGGCGUGAAGGAUGUAUCCGCGAGGGCGAGAUCCCUAGGCAUUGAACUGUUUGCCAUCGGGGUGGGUCGAGUGGACAUGAACACUCUUCGGCAAAUGGCCAGUGAGCCUCUGGAUGAGCACGUGGACUAUGUAGAGAGUUAUAGCGUCAUUGAGAAGAUGACCACGAAGUUUCAAGAGGCCUUCUGUGAAGUGUCAGACCUCUGUGCCACUGGAGACCAUGACUGUCAGCAGAUCUGUGUCAGCACACCCGGCUCAUACACCUGUGCUUGCAAAGAAGGCUUCACAUUGAACAAUGAUGGGAAAACUUGUAGCGCCUGCAGUGGUGGAUCUGCUACUGAUCUCGUUUUCCUAAUUGAUGGCUCCAAGAGUGUGCGGCCUGAGAACUUUGAGCUGGUGAAGAAGUUCAUCAACCAGAUUGUGGAUUCACUGGAUGUCUCCGAUAAAAAUGCCCACGUGGGCCUGGUCCAGUACUCCAGCUCUGUCAGACAGGAGUUCCCACUAGGACGGUACAACAACAAAAAGGACAUCAAGGCAGCAGUGAAAAAUAUGUCCUACAUGGAGAAAGGAACCAUGACAGGCCAAGCACUUCAGUACCUCGUUGACAAUUCUUUUUCACUCUCCAGUGGAGCAAGGCCUGGUGUCUCCAAAGUGGGCAUUGUCUUCACAGAUGGGCGAUCACAAGACUACAUCAGUGAUGCUGCCAAGAAAGCCAAGGAUCAAGGCUUUAAGAUGUUUGCCGUAGGAGUGGGCAAUGCAGUUGAAGAUGAAUUAAGGGAAAUUGCCUCAGAGCCAGUGGCAGAGCACUACUUCUACACUGCUGAUUUCAAAACCAUCAACCAAAUUGGGAAGAAACUGCAGACAAAAAUCUGUGUCGAGGAGGACCCAUGUGAAUGUAAAGCCAUUGUGAAGUUCCAGACAAAAGUAGAGAACCUCAUAAAGUCAUUAACAAGAAAACUGGAAGCUGUGACAAAAAGGAUUGCAGCCCUGGAAAACAAGAUCAUCUAAACACCCAGAACACUAUGAUAUUGCUCCAUCCUAACAGAAGAGAAUUGUGCCAGGAGAUCUUCGUGCAGACAGAGGAGCAGUUCAGCUGCAGCGCUGCAUCCAGCUUUCUAAAUUUAAAAAAA